GACUAGACAUCUAUUUUAGACAGUACGAUUUACGGUAACAUCUGUUACAGUUCAAAGGUCACCAGCUGACUGGGAGCUUUUUUUUCCAAAAAAAAAAGAGACGUGGCGAAACUUUUUCCUGCGUUUAAAGCUAUUUUACAGCAAUCUGAGACACGGUGAUGACGAAGUUACUGCAGUGGUUGUUGGGUGUGGGACUGCUCCUGGGUACAUGGGCAUGUCUGGUGUGGGACCUUGUACCAGCACAACUCUCACCACAGUGGAAGGAGGUCGUCUGGGUGGCACCCAUGUAUCUUCUCAUGAGUUUUGCAUGCUACUCAUUAGCAACUAUUGGCUACAGAGUUGCCACCUUUAAUGACUGUGAAGAUGCUGCCAAAGAGCUCCAACAGGAAAUUGAAGAGGCAAGAAGAGACUUGGCUAAGAAAGGCUUGAAGCUUUCCUGAUUGGCAUUUUUGUAAUGUUAGAUAUUUGUUCUACAAUGUAAUUGAAGAGGACCAAACUACAUAAAACACACUGGCA